AGAAGACAGGCAAAAAGCAAGGACUAAGACCACACCGAGCUGAGUAAAGCGAGUGGAAAUGAAGAACCUUCCAAUGCUGCUGUUGCUGUGUGUGGCAGUUUGCUCAGCCUAUCCACUGAAGGGAGCUGCCAGGGACGGGGAUGACAGCAUGGACCUUGUUCAGCACUACCUAGAAAAGUACUACAACCUCGCAAAGGAUGUGAAACUCUUUGCUAGAAGACAGGACAGUAGUCCUGUUGUCAGAAAAAUCCAAGAAAUGCAGAAGUUCCUGGGGUUGAAGGUCACUGGGAAGCUGAACUCCGACACUCUGGAGGUGAUGCAGAAGCCCAGGUGCGGAGUUCCUGAUGUAGGGCGCUUCAGUACCUUUCCUGGCAUGCCAAGGUGGAGGAAAACUCACCUUACCUACAGGAUUGUGGAUUAUACACUGGAUUUGCCAAGAGACGCUGUUGAUUCUGCCAUUGAGAAAGCUGUGAAAGUCUGGGAGAAGGUGACUCCACUUACAUUCUCCAGGAUUUAUGAAGGAGAGGCUGACAUAAUGAUCACUUUUGCAGUUAGAGAUCACGGAGACUUUUAUCCUUUUGAUGGACCUGGAAUGGUUUUGGCUCAUGCCUACCCACCCGGGCCGGGGAUUAAUGGAGAUGCCCACUUUGAUGAUGAUGAACAAUGGACAAAGGACACAUCAGGGACCAAUUUAUUCUAUGUUGCUGCCCAUGAACUUGGCCAUUCCCUGGGUCUCCAGCACUCAGCCAAUGCUGAGGCUUUGAUGUACCCCGUCUACAACACAGACCUGGCCCAGGUCCGCCUUUCUCAAGAUGAUGUGAAUGGCAUUCAGUCCUUGUAUGGACCUCCCCCUACUUCCCCUGCUGACCCUGUGGUGCCCACAGAAUCUGUACCUCCUGAGACACCAGACAUGUGUGAUCCUACUUUGUCCUUCGAUGCAGUCAGCACUCUGAGGGGAGAAAUCCUCUUCUUUAAAGACAGACAUUUUUGGCGCAAAUCCUUAAGGACUCUUGAACCUGGAUUUUAUCUGCUGUCUUCGUUUUGGCCAUCUCUUCCUUCAGGAAUAGAUGCUGCAUAUGAAGUUACUAGCAAGGAUACUGUUUUCAUUUUUAAACAAAACCAGUUCUGGGCCAUCAGAGGAAAUGAGGUACAAGCAGGUUACCCUAGAGGCAUCCAUACGCUGGGCUUUCCUCCAACAGUAAGGAAAAUAGAUGCAGCCCUUUUUGAUAAGGAAAAGAAGAAAUCAUACUUCUUUGUAGAGGACAAAUACUGGAGAUUUGAUGAGAAGAAACAGUCCAUGGAUCCAGGUUUUCCCAGGCAAAUAGUUGAAGACUUUCCAGGGAUUGAACCAAAGGUUGAUGCUGUUUUUGAAUCAUUUGGGUUUUUCUAUUUCUUCAAUGGAUCUUCACAGUUGGAGUUUGACCCAAAUGCAAAGAAAGUGACGCAUGUUUUGAAGAGUAACAGCUGGUUAAAUUGUUAGAAGAAAGGCUUAGAAGACACAGCAUGGGCAUUUUAAAUGAAGCUAAUAAUUCUUCGCCUAUGUCUUUGUGGAUUGAACUGGUGCAUUUUCUCCUGAAUGUGUUCUGACUGAGAAUGCGAGUGCGAACUGCGCAUCUUGUCAGUCAGCUUCACGUAUUACAGGACAUUCACACCAAUUGCUGAACUUGCACUUUGUUCACACGGAGUAAUCGUCCUCAGAAAGGCGAAGCACUCAUGUGUAACAGACAAGGGGUUGUAUAUAGAUUAUUUGCUUGUUAUUUAAUAAAGAGGAUCUGUCAUUUCUUUUAUUUUAUUGUUUUCUUUGUUUCAAGAACAAUCUCGGGCACAUUAUGGGCUGAGCAGUAGACAGUCUGAGGUACUCAGCCACUGGAGGUGGCAGGAUGGGGUCUCCAUGGCUGCGGCCUCAGAACGGGCUCAUCCAAAACUAAAGACCACUUACUAUUUGCCCUCCUGAAGGUGUCCUACAAACAGGAUGCUUAUUUUCACCACCCAUACAUCAUCUGUGUUCCUGACAUACCCUAUGAGAAAGAUCUAGGGCAGUUGUCACCUUGUAGGGCAUGAUCUGGGAAAAAAUCGUGAAGCUGAAUCCUAUAAUUAUAGCAAAUCAUCUAGAUCACUCACUUCAUUUUUCAGGUUGCAAAGUUAAACCUGUUCUUCAUUUUUCCCAUUUACUUAUAUAUUACCUCCGUGGAGCCUGUUUCCUACCUUAGCAAACAAGUUAGCUCAUAACCAUUCUAUUUCCACAUGCAAAUAUCCUCUUGUGAUCAUUUUGUACUGUCCAUGCUAGAAGUCUAUGGGCAAAUGCUUAUCCUAAGACGGGUUUAUUGCCCCUAAGUACUGC